AUGACUGAUGUCUUAGGGCCUCAUGGUCUCGAUUUUCUCGAUGGUCUAGAUGUUAAUGACCCCGACUACAUACGGGAUUUGCUGCGGCCGGCAUCCAUCAAAGAAGAUGUGAAGUUGAUGGAACAGAGGCGUCGGGUUUCUCUCAUCCUACACUCUCCUGCCUUUCGAAAAGAGCUGGAAAAAAUAGUUGCAUCUCAAAUGCGUGAUGGAGUUUUGAGCUCGAACGUUAUGGCUCUCAAAAAAUUGGUGGAUUUGCUCACUCCACAUGCGAAACUAGGGUCCUCAGCCUUUGCAAAAGGUGCGACUGUGCCCGUUAUUCCCAUUAAUGAUCUGCACUCUCAAAGCAGUACCUACUCGAAAUCGGAGCGAGUUAUUCGCUGUAAAGUUGCAUCUACUUAUCGCCUUGUUGAUAUUUUCGGCUGGUCUUCUGGAUCCAAAAGCCACAUUUCGGCCAAGGUGUUUAAAGACGGGGAUACCUAUCUCUUUAACCCACAGGGGCUUCUGUUCAACGAAAUUACCGCCUCAUCUCUGUUGAAAGUUGACUUGAAAGGUAAUGUUAUUGAUGGUGGUUCGCAUGGACUGGGUAUUGACAGGCAGGGAUGGACAUUGCACGCAGCCGUCCAUGAGGCCCUUCCAGCCAUUCGGUGUGUAAUUCAGUUGAAUACACCAGCGACAAUUGCGAUAUCUUGCAUGUGCACUGAUCUACCACCAAUCAGCCAGGAGGCAAUGAUGCUGGGCGCUGCGGCAAGUUAUGAUCCUGCCAGUAUCAACCAAAACCUGCAAGGCGAGGAGCGCAACUUGGCAGAGACCGCUGUCAUUGGUGAGCGCUUGCAGAACACCGCAGGUGGGGAUCCUCGGAUCCUCAUAAUUCGCAAAUACGGUAUUCUUGCCAUGGGCAAGUCUGUAGAGGAGGCCUGGAUGGCGGCCUAUCUCUCUGUUUCGGCUUGCGAAGCUCAGCUUCGAUUGGCCUGUGUGGGGACGGAUGAAUUAGUGAUGCCUGUGGGCAACGAUGGUGCGCCGUCUUUGGACAAUCAGGUGCUGAACGCUACUACUGGGGCAACGGGUGCUGCCACAGACAGAAACUGGCGUCCGGGAGAGCUGGAAUUCGAGGCUAUGAUGCGUAGGCUGGAUGCGGCGGGUUACCGCACUGGCCAUCUCUACCGUGUUGGUCAGAUGCAGCCUACUGCGGGAACGCGCACCUGCUCCAUCCCCGAGGUACCUGAUAAUAUAGUUGAUGAAAGUUCGUCUCGAACCCAACAUACCCGACGGGCCGCCACAUUGGGUCGUAGCUUUAGAGCCGAUGUCGAGGUCCCUCCUGCUGCUAGUUCAUUUGCUGUCAACUAUUACAAAGACGAUGCCACCAGGAUCAAGGAAGCAGCAGCCUAUCGCGCUAAGACCCUUUCCCUUCAGCGCAUGCAUUUCAGCAAUACUCCAAACGCCUAUCAGAAGGAGGAGAUCGAAGAGGUGGGAACUUCAAAUCCAAAAAAGAUCACCAAAUGGACGGAAGGCACUAGUCGUACCACAGGAGGCACUCUUCUCGCCAGUGAAGAUCCAAAUCAGUUCGCGCCUCAGGGUGAUGAUCCACGAGAAUUGAAAGAAAACCUCAAGAAGGUGCGGGAAAUGUACUACAAGGAUGUACGUACUGCCGGUCCGAAGUCGAAGAUUCUAGAGGGUCUGGGGUUGGACGACGAUGUUGAUGAAACUGUUCACGUAGAUUCUCGUGACGGGGUCGUUCCUACUUCCCAAAUCACAAGUCCACGCGGGACUCUGUUGCGUCUGGAUCCUACCAAUCCACCCACCCUAGAGCCUGGCCAUGUGGUUGUUGUUGGUGCUGUCAGCAAGGGUAUAAUAAAUCGCGAUCAGCGUCACAACGUUGGACUCUUCCAGUCGGUCUUCUCACCCAAUCCCUUCGGUCAGGUAACGGAUGACGAAUUAGAACGCUACAAGCGUAAUGUUGAACGCAAGGCAAAGGGCUUGCCCACUGAGGAGGAAGAAGAGGAGAUGGAGCGCAGAAGACGAGCCACACUCGAGGCCAGUGUACCUCAACCCUCUCCCCAAAAACAAACUGAAGAUAUCGAGCGCGAAUGUGUCCGUUCAGAUACCAGUGCUGAUAUUGGGCAGGCAGGUUGCUUUUGUUGA